CUGAAAAAAGAUUACGACGACUAUGUAGCGAUGCGUGUAAACGAAAAUCAAGACCGCAACUCGGUUCUACAAUUUUGGUCGAAUAUGAAAAAUAGAUUUAGUAAGGAGGACAAACAAAGUGAUACAAAAAAGCCGAUGUGCAUGCAGUUGAGAAAUGUACAAAGGAAUGAUGGAUCAUCGAGUACAAAUAAUGAUAAAUCUGUCACAGAAUCAGGACCGGAAAACAGCCAAGAGAAUAGAAAGGCCGACGUCCUGCCAACACCGGACAGCGAUGAUAAUCAUCACAACUGGAACGUGAAUACCAUUAUCAGGAUCAAUAUUGAGGAUUAUGAUAUGAUGGUACACGAAUGACCAGUUUGCAUACAUAUAUGUAUAUCUACCAGUCAUGUGUAAUGGAAACUAUGGUAGGCAUAAACAAUCGAACGCUUCAAAUGAUUCAACACACCUUCACUAACCCAAUAAAAAUGCUUUAAUAUUAAGUAAUUAACAUUAUUCGUAUCUAUAAUUUGCAAUAGAUACUUAUGCAGUACAAGCUUUGACCCGCGACUUUGUUCAUGUGAUUGGUAUAUAUUUAUUAACGAAAGAUAGUUUCUCAUGCCAAUUUCAUUCCAAAUAGUAUGCAUAUACCAAUCUUUAUAACAAUGGGGUGAGUGAUUAAUUCUCUACUUUUAAAAUUAAGAAUGGGUAAGGAAAGAUAAGUAAGCAUAGAUAAGGUUAAAGAAAGAUAAGUAAGGAUAAUGAAGGA